CAAUAACAAUUUUUAGAAAAACAUAAAAUGAGUUAGUCAAGCUUCAAAUUGAACAAUAUUGGGCACGCAACUCAAGAAGCAAUCCUCAAAUCCUGUUUACAUCUAAAGACACCGUCAACGAUUAGCGAUAGCGUCAAAUUCGAUCAUCGCCGUCGCCUCCCGCACCUCCUCCGCCAUGGAACCCCAUUCAUCGGACCUUUCAUCUUCACUAAUCAAAACAAAAUCAAACCCCACCAAAGUCAACCGAGACUUCCUACUCCACCUCGAAGCAUACCUUUCCAAACGCGACGGCGUCGACAAGCUCCUCAAGAUCUCCCGAUACGCCACCAAAAUCAUCCUAUCCUCCGACUCCAUACCCACCACCCACCCCCUCCACCGCCGCCUCAAGAGCUUCGAAUCCAGCGUCGGACUCAGCCGUAAAGCCUUCCGCCUCGGCAAAUUCAUCCAAGACGUCAAUUCCUUCCGCUCUGCAAAACUCGAAACCAGACAAGAUAUUAUACUCGCCGUCAUCGCGUACGGCGGCGAGGGUUUGUAUUAUUUCGUCGAACAGUUCGUUUGGUUAGCGAAAUCAGGGCUCAUCGAUGGCAAGCACUCUCGAAAUCUACAAAUAAUUAGUGCGUGGGCUGAAUUUAUUGGAUACAUCGGAAGUAUUAGUUUGAAAACUAGGGAUUUGAAGGGGAUUUCGAAGGAUGAAGCUUGUUUGCUAUCGAGUAUCGAAAUUAUGGAUACGAGAGGAGAUUCUACGAAAAGCGAAGAGGAGAAGUUGAAGAAAUUGAGGGAAAAGAAGUUAUUGAAGAAGCUUUCGGUGGUUCAAGAUGUGGCGGAUGGAUUGAUGGCAGUGGCUGAUAUUCGCGACGGCAAGGGGCGGCUUUCUGGACCGCUACUGAUGGCAUCGGCGGGGAUGUUGUCGGCGAUCAUUAGUACCCACAAGAAUUGGUUAUCUUGCUAACGAUCGCCGGCGAUCAUCGAUACCAAUAAAGGUUAUGCUGAUGAUUAAACUACAAGUCACAAUUGGGGACAAAAUUUCUUAAAUAUGAAUUUGUUUAAAUUUUAUUUUAGAAUUUAUAGAAUAUGCAUUGUAAUGGGUAUUAUUUUUUAUAUAUUUUUAACAUAUGGAUUUGCAUAA